AUGAGUGGAUACUCUAGUUGUAUUCAUACAUCGCUAACGUUUGUGGAUGAAUUCAGAACAGGAUCCAUACUGAGAAGAUCAACUGCUGUCAACCUGAGACAAGAUUUUCAGAUUUCUAGUGAAGAAGCUAUUCAAAUUGCUAAGCUUCUGGCAUUGAAAGAAGGAUUGCUGGUGGGCAUUUCUUCUGGGGCGGCUGCUGCUGCGGCAAUAAAGAUAGCAAAGAGGCCAGAAAAUGCUGGGAAACUCAUUGUUAUUUCUAGUGAAGAAGCUAUUCAAAUUGCUAAGCUUCUGGCAUUGAAAGAAGGAUUGCUGGUGGGCAUUUCUUCUGGGGCGGCUGCUGCUGCGGCAAUAAAGAUAGCAAAGAGGCCAGAAAAUGCUGGGAAACUCAUUGUUUUUGGCAAGACUCCUGAUGAUAUUGAUAUUAUUACUGCGACCAUGGCCCUAUUUUGA